UUUUCAUGGCCACUCCAACAUUCAGCCUACCACGAAAGCAAACGGUAACAAAAGGUGCAAAUAUGUCAUGGAAAUUGAUGCUUGUUGUACUUAUUUUGGGAGUUGUAGUGCAAACUUCCUCUGCGAGAAAGCUUCUUAGGAGGGAUUUAAUCGAGCUCAACGGUUUUGACCAAAUUUUAGGAGGACUUGGUGGUGGUGGCGGCGGUGGCGGUGGCGGUGGUGGUAGUAAUGGUGGAUUUGGUUCUGGCUUCGGAUUUGGCGAGGGUCAUGGAUCGGGUGCUAAUGAUGGAUUUGGCCAAAUUGUAGGUCUUAUUGGCAGUGGUGGUGGUGGUGGUGGCGGUGGCGGUGGUGGAGGUGGAGGUAGUGAUGGCGGAUUUGGUUAUGGCAUGGGAUAUGGCGAGGGUCAUGGAUCCGGUGCAAACGGUGGCAGCGGUGGUGGCGGUGGCGGCGGUGGUGGUAAAAAUGGAGGUAGUGGUUUUGGUUUCGGACAUGGGUCAGGUCAUGGUAGUGGUGGCAAUUGA